UUGAGUGAGUGACAUUUAGUAAAUAUUUGAAAACAUUUAAGCUUCUUGUGAAGUUCAUUUGUAAUUUUAAAGAGUGAGGAAGAUGACGCCCGAAGAACUAAAUGAAUGUUACAGUUUUGUGAAACAAUUAGUUCAAAAUUGUGGUGAAAUAUUCAAAGAAGGCUUCAAAAACACCGGAAUCGUUUCAAAUAAAGGAGAUGCUUAUGAUCUUGUGACCUUUUGGGACGGCGAAAUUGAAAAGAUCUUAAUAGAUGGAAUCAAAACCAAAUAUCCAAAUCAUAAGUUUAUAGCUGAAGAAGAUAGUGCAGCAAGUGGAGAAAAAGUGUUGUCGUCUGACCCAACAUGGAUCAUUGAUCCGAUUGACGGAACAAUAAAUUACGUUAACAAACUCAAUUUGGUUUGUAUCUCUGUUGCAUUAUCUGUCGAAGAAGACGUAAAGCUGGCUAUUUUGUUCAGCCCAACACUUAAUGAACUAUACACGGCACGAAAAGGGCAGGGUGCUUAUUUGAAUGGGGAAAGAAUUGAAGCGAGCAAGAAAAGAGAUUUGAGAAAAUGUUUAUUAGCUCAUGAAAUAUCUUUAGGAACACAUCCAUUAUUCUUGCCAAAAUAUUUAGCAAGAGCAGAAGUUCUUCUCCCCACUUGUCUCGGAUUACGUUCUUUAGGAUCUGCAGCGUUAACUUUAGGUAGAUUCGUAGCAAAAGGAGCUAUUGAUGCUUAUAAUAUUGAAGAUUUAAAACCAUGGGAUAUAGCUGCUGGAGCUCUUAUUGUACAAGAAGCUGGCGGAGUUGUUAUUGAUAUAAAUGGUGGAAAUUUCAAUGUAAUGAAGCCAAAUAUUAUUGCUGCUGGAACUCAAGAAGUUGCUGAUGAUAUUAAAGAAAUUUUGAACUCGUUAGACGCUUCACUAAAACUACAAGGAAAGUAUCCAAAAACUCGUUGAUCAUUAAAAUAUAAAAUAUAAAUAUGUUAUAUUUAUUUUUAAACCAAAAUGGAUAUAAAUAAAGUUUUUUUAUUUGAAAAAUAACUACGCUAGCAAUCAGCA